CAAUCUACAAGAACAAGCAGAGCGCCCACAUUAACUUAAAGUCGGAAAAGCUAAGCAACGAAAAAGAUUAUAUUAUGGCGUUUAGACUCCCCCUUCGAGAGGACUUUGAAGCUUGGUCAACGCUACAGGUUGCAGAUUUUUUAAGACAGUAUGGAUUGCAAGAAUGCAUAGGAGUAAUAGACAAAUUGGGAAUCAACGGCUCCACGUUUUUGAACAUGACUGAACGUGAACUGAAUAAAUUCAACAUCCUUUAUCAACCACAACUUCAAAGGAUCGUUAAUGACAUCAAGAAAAACGAUGGUGGAAUAAUAGAUAAACUCAGAAGCCUUACAAGUAAUAAGAAUCCUCCAAGCGUUCCACAAAGAGACUAUUUUGCAGAUAAUGCAGACAGUGACGAUAAUGAGGGGGAAUUUGAUGAUGAUAGCGAAUAUGAGGAUCCAGAUGGACCGUCUGAUUCAGAGACCUAUGCAGUUCCAGAAGAUAACGAUGAUGAUGAUGAUGAUGAUGAUGAUGAUGAUGAAAAUUAUGAGCCUCCACCAACAGAACCCGAAAACACUCUGCCCACACCUAUACUUUUCGGUCCUUCAAAUGGAGGAUAUGCAGAUAAAAAACCAAACAGACAACCACCUGCCUUACCAAAUCCAAUAAUGAACAAACCUAAACCAAAACCAAACACAACACCAAGGCCAAAUCAGCCGUUACCACCACAAAGUAGAGCACACAUGACUCCUCCAUCGAAACUUUUCUACAUUCCACAACUAAGUCCAAGGCCUCAUCCAGGAAUGAAGAAAGCAUUACCCAAAGAACAGUUUGAAAAUCAGGAGGAUUACAUUGUGCCAAAGGAUGAGGACGAUGAUAUUUAUAUUGAACCUACACAGGAUAUACAGCAGCCUUAUAAACCUCCAGUUGUGAAUCGUGCAAGUAAGCCAACAAAGCCAACCAUUCCAUCAUCUGCAAAGUCAUUAAGCCUUCCAAUCAUUGACCCAAAUGAACCAGCGGUAUAUGAGGUCCCUGAAAAUGAGGUAAAACCUUCUCCGCAGUUAAAAAGAUCAUCUUUACCUCUUCCAAAAAGAGACUCUCCUCCCAAAAUAGAACCUGAUGACGUGGAAUAUGAUAUAUGUGAUGAUCACACAUUUGUGACUCCUAGUAAAGGUCCAUCUCCGUUGCCACGAAUCAACAAGCCUAAACCACCUUCUUUAAAAACGCAAAAACCAAGUUUACCCACAAGAGACGUGAACAGCAAUAUUGAUAAACUCACAGGUUCAAAUCGUACAUGGCCACACAGCAGUGGUUCAGAGCUUCCACCAUUACCACAUCCAGUUAUGAAGUUUCCAUUUCCAGUCCCAGGUCCCAAGCCUCCUGUCGUACAACGAUCUCUUGAAUUACCAAAUCGCUACCCAGCCAUGCCAAGUAGGAAUAACCUUCCAAGUGCAUCUGAACAGGAAGCAGGUGUAGUUAAUAAAGAAUGGUAUGCUUCGUCCUGCCCUCGAAAGACAGCUGAAGACGCAUUACAAUCGUCAUCCAGGGAUGGUUCUUUCUUAAUACGAAAAAGCACUGGGCAAGAUGCUAGGCAGCCAUACACCUUAGUUGUCUUCUACAAUAGAAAAGUAUAUAACAUUCCCGUACGGUAUAUCGAAUCGACACAACAGUAUGCUCUCGGUCGAGAGAAGAGUGGAGAAGAGAGGUUCAGCAGUGUUGCAGAAAUGAUCGAGAACCACCAGCGCACACCCCUAGUGCUAAUUGACGGACAAAAUAACACAAAAGAUUCUACCAAGUUGAGAUUUCCUGUUAAGAUCCCUUGAGCUAUUGUCAGAAACUUGCAAAUGUUGUAUUAGGAAAUAAUUAUUUUAGUCGGCAAAAAUAAAUGCUAUUGUUUAGGAAACUGGCAAAAAAAAAAAUAUAUAUAUAUAUUUUGACUGAAAACACUUAAAUUGUGUAAAUACUUCAUUGUUAAGAGCAGACAGCUCUGGGUGCACAAAUAUUAUACUUGCAAUUCCUGUAUAUAUUUUUAUAAACCUUUUCAAAUGUGUUCUUUUAAUAAAGUGUGGUUGUAGCAA